UCAAACAGUCGUCAUCCAACCCCCCCAGACUUCUGCAUCAUACCACAGCCACCUGACGGUACACGCGACGACGGGUGCUGACGAUAACGACAGCGGCAAAAAUAAACGACGAAUCUUUUUAGGCACGAUUCGCCACCAAAACUAAAACAAAAAAACACUCUCAAAGCAACACAACACUCCAUCAACACCCAAAACCCCUUCCCCGAAACUCCACCAAAUACCCGCUUCGCCAUGUCCAACCCCCUCGACGCCGAACCGGGCACGGAGCUCUUCGCCUCGUACGAGGCGGAGCUGAAGCUCGUGCAGGCCGACUUGUCCCAGAAGCUCGACUCGAUCCCGGACCUUACGGGUGAGCCGCGCAAGGCCGCCCUCUCCCAAGCGAGCCGGGCGCUCGAGGAGGCCGACGAACUGCUCGGCCAGAUGCGGCUGGAGAAGCAGAAGAACAUUCCCUCUAGCUCGCGCGCGCGCGUGAACCAGCGCUUCCGCAACUACGAGACGGACGUCGACGCCGUGCGGCGCCGACUUGACGCCCUGGCCAGCGACCGGUCCGCGCUGUUUGGCGGCCGGUACCAGGACAACCCGUCGGGGAGCGGCGGCGCGUCGGCGUCGGACGUGCAGCUGGAGCAGAGGGAGCAGCUGCUCCGGGGCACGGAUCGGCUGGACCGCAGCAGCAGGCGGUUGAAGGACAGCCACGCCCUCGCGCUAGAGACCGAGGCCAUCGGGGCGUCGACCCUGCGCGAUCUCGCACACCAGCGCUCCCAGAUCCAGCACACCACCGAGGUCCUCGUCCAGAGCGAGGGCUACGUCGACAGGAGCGUCAAGACCCUUAGGGGAAUGGCGCGUAGGAUGGCUACCAACCGGAUAAUAACCAUUGCCAUCAUCACCGUCUUGGUUAUGCUCAUUCUCGCCGUCAUUGUUAGCAAGUUCAGGUAGAGAGUUACGGCUUUGUUGUGUUGCUUUUUUUUCUUUUUCUUUUUCUUUCUUAUGUUUGUCAUCGUACGGAUAAAACGGAGUUUUCGGAGUUUCUUUCGCAAGCCUGCAAGCAAUCAAUAACAAUCCAUGUAAAUGUAUCACCAAGCCCACAAUAUGAAGGUCUGCUGGUGUUUGCGUUAUUGUCAUCGUACGACUUUUUUAUUUCAAUGAAAACAAAUUCAAAUUCAAAAUUCAGAACGCCCUUCCCUUUUGUACUUUAGAAAAUUACCACAUUGAAACUUGGAUAUCAAAUCAAAGGUAUGUUCCAGACCAAAUAAACCUCGAGGCCAAACGUGACGACAGCAUAAAA